AUGGCAAGCUGUGUUUGUGUAGUUUCUCUCAUCUCGUCCGCCAGCUGCACCGCCAGCCUGUCUCCCGCCUGGCCUGCCGCCGAGCCCGAAACAUUCAACCUCACGCUCGACAAAAUCGCACGAGCCCCUUCGAGAUUCCCCUUCUCCGCCGCCAGUUGGGCCUCUGCGAGGCCCUCCGCCGCAUUCAGCCGAUUCCUCUGCCUGUCGACCUCGAUUUUCACCUUAACAUCGCAUGCCAAUAAAAAGCUCGGCCUCCGUAUCUCAGCGGAUUCCAUUUCUACCCUCUCGUUCGAGCCCACGUCCUUGUACGAGCACGUGACGUCCAAGAGUGGGGUCCUCCGCCGCCGCCCAUCAUUUUCGUUUUCCGAGCACACGGGGACGGAGAUGUCGAUGAGAAAAUCUUUCUCCUCGUCCGCGUAA